GAGACACAUUGCUUAAAUACUUUUUAUUCAACUGCAAUCGGGAUCAUGGUUUGGUCGACUUGAUUGUCCGUCUCAGUUAGCCGCUGGAAGAACAGUUGAUCUUUCUACGAACUAGUAAGCGUGCUCACGCACCGAUGGACCUGACACUGCUGGCGUUUCUUGCAGGAUUGUUCUAUUUCACCGUAGAUCAAACAAACUGUCAGGAUUGCUCCAAACCACUGGAUGUUGGAAUAUUACUUGACGCGUCAGGUAGCAUCGGUAGAAGGAGAUGGGCAAAAGUUGUCAAUUUUGCCCAGUCCAUGGUGAACUCCUUUAAAGUCUCCGAAGGAGGUUCCCAUGUUGCAAUACUACUUUACAGUACCAAGACAUCAAUCGAAGUGGGGUUCAAUACAUUUACUGGAGCACAGAGGACGGCUUCUAACAUCAAUGCUAAAAUAGCGGCAAUAAACUAUCGGAACUGGAAAGGGCUGACCUACAUUGAUCGUGGGCUCAAGACGGCAAAUGAAGAACUGUUUACCGCAGAAGCUGGAAUGAGGACAAGUGACGACAUUAAAAAGAUUCUCAUCUUAUUCACGGAUGGUAAACAAACAAAGGACAGGGAUCCCUACACAGAGCUGAACGUAGCUUCACAGCCAAUGAAAGACAAAGGAAUUGAAAUAUAUGCACUCGGUGUUGGGAAAUCCUCGAGCAUAAAUGUUAAUGAAUUGCAGCAAAUAGCAAGCAAAACAGAAAAUGUCUAUACAGCCGAGACUUUUGAUGAAUUAGCUACGCUUGCUAUAAAGAUCAGUCGGGCUUCCUGUGGCAUCCCGCCACCUGUCCCACAAGCGAUUUCUUAUACGAGUGUCAUUGGACCCCCUGGACUACCAGGAACGGUUGGCGAGCCGGGACAAUUGGGAGCCCCAGGAUUAAGGGGACCAAGUGGAAGACCAGGAUCUGAGGGAGAUAAAGGUGAACCUGGAGACAGUGGACCAACUGGACCCAAUGGUCCCCCAGGCCCCCCUGGUCCACCCGGCCCUCCCAAAGUCAUGACAAUACCAGGACCAAAGGGGCCUGUUGUAGUACCUCAAAUUAACUAUGGAGGAGCUGGAGAGUUACAGAGAGUUGGAGAUCCGGGACCACCAGGACGACCUGGAUCAAGAGGUCCUGAUGGUAUCCCUGGGCCCCCAGGAGCUCGUGGAACGCCAGGAGAUCGUGGACCAAAUGGCUUACAAGGUGUGAUGGGACCGCCAGGACCACCAGGACGCAACGGCGAAGAUGGUGAUGCAGGAGGCCCAGGAAGAAACGGCCCACCAGGUGAUCCUGGACGAAAGGGACCUCGUGGUGAUCGAGGCAAAGCUGGAUCAGAAGGAAAGAGAGGACAUCAAGGAAGAUCAGGACGCACUGGAACUAAAGGAGAUCGAGGAGUUGAUGGAGAGAAGGGAGCGGUUGGAGAUACCGGACUGAAUGGAAUAGAUGGCGUCGAUGGUGAGCGUGGAAUGCGCGGGGUUCCAGGACCUAUUGGAGAUCCAGGACCAGUGGGUUUUCAAGGAGGAAGAGGUAAUGCAGGACUUUUUGGAUCUCAGGGUAACCCUGGACAAGCUGGCCCAGCGGGACCAUCUGGACCUAGAGGACCCAAAGGAGCUCCUGGACGUGCCGGCUCAACAGGCCCUUUGGGUUACGCCGGCGAAACAGGAACAACUGGUCCAAUUGGACCCAAGGGAACGACAGGUGCCAAUGGUCAAAAUGGUAAUCAAGGAGAGCCAGGACCUAAAGGAGCAUCGGGAGAUUUAGGUGCCGCAGGAGAACAAGGACCAACAGGAGAAGUGGGAACCAGAGGCAUGGCAGGUGACCCCGGCAACCGUGGAGAACGUGGUAGUAGGGGUGAUAUCGGCAAAAAUGGUGCCGCAGGAGAAACUGGCAAUAAAGGUGGCCCGGGAAAACCUGGAGUCAAAGGAGCGCGUGGACAACCAGGGCCAGUUGGAAAACGAGGAGCGCCCGGUGACAGUGGACAAGCUGGUGCACCAGGAUCAACAGGAAAACGAGGUAUGACAGGAGCACAAGGUUUUAUGGGCCCAACCGGCGCUAAAGGAGCAAAGGGAGGAGUUGGAGGCGAUGGAAAGCGUGGAGCAGAAGGCAACAAGGGAGACCCUGGCGAAACCGGUGAGCCUGGUGGUGUUGGCCAGACCGGAGAACAAGGUGCACGUGGACGAGUUGGUGUUGCCGGACGUGAUGGAGGGCCAGGCUUACCCGGAAAACCCGGAGACGAUGGCAGAGAAGGCGAGAACGGAUCACCGGGAGAACGUGGACCCUCUGGACAAACCGGCCUUACUGGGAAAAAAGGCGCUAGAGGCCAAGCUGGUAAAAACGGUGUGAUUGGAAGAAGUGGACCAGCUGGCAUCAAGGGUCAACAAGGAAUAAUUGGAGAAAGAGGAUUACCUGGUGGACCUGGAGGGCCGGGACUUGCUGGUGCGUUGGGAGAAACCGGUCCAGGAGGAGAUCCAGGAGAUCCGGGUCCAGUUGGAAAGAACGGAAAGCCUGGACCUUCAGGUUUAUCGGGCAAAGAUGGAGCCAAGGGUAACAGCGGUGCAAACGGCCAACCUGGACGUAGAGGCUUAGAUGGCAAGACUGGUGACAGGGGAGAGGGUGGUGACAUGGGUGUUCCUGGACGUAAUGGCGAGCGUGGUAUCGAAGGUCGGCAAGGAAUAAGGGGCGUCCCUGGAGCCCCUGGCACAAUCGGUAGCGAUGGACCUCCAGGCACAUCGGGUUCCCCUGGCUUACCUGGACAACCAGGCAAAAAUGGAGCCAAAGGAGAACAGGGUGAUCAAGGAGGUGAAGGACCACGUGGAGAGGAUGGCGAAAACGGCAAACAGGGCGCAGAUGGUGGUGACGGUGGGCGAGGACCUAUUGGCCCCAAGGGCCUAGCGGGUGAACGUGGUGAUGAUGGAGCAGCAGGUGGACCUGGAACAACCGGAGACACGGGAAUGCGUGGUGAUACAGGUGUCAUGGGAAAACCUGGUCUGCAGGGACUUCCGGGUUCUGCAGGCCCUGCUGGCGCAAUUGGUCUCGUAGGCCCACAAGGUGGAAAGGGUGUCAGAGGAGAACGUGGAGCAAUGGGUUCUUUAGGAGCCACUGGUUUGAUYGGUGAUGUUGGUGCUGCUGGUCCAAAAGGAAGUAUUGGAAGCCAGGGAUCAUCUGGAGAACAAGGAGGUCCUGGAGGACGCGGUCAACCCGGCCCACCUGGCCCAACGGGUCCUGGUGGAAAUGCUGGCAUACCUGGCCCACCAGGUCAGCCUGGAUCUAAGGGACCUCCAGGAGAUUCUGGUGCACAGGGCGAGUCCGGAGAGGAUGGAGCAAGAGGUGUUGCUGGCAAAGUUGGGCCACUUGGAUCUAAUGGAGGCGUUGGUGCUAAGGGACCUUCUGGAUCAAUUGGUUUGCCUGGUGACUCUGGCUCUGGCGGACCAAGGGGUGCUGUUGGUCUUCCUGGACAACCUGGUUUGGAAGGUCCUCGUGGUUUCAAGGGUGAAUCUGGUGAGGCUGCUGCUAACGGCAAACCUGGACUUCCUGGACCAGCGGGCUCAAUCGGUGCAAUUGGUAAACCAGGCGCCCCAGGAAUCGCUGGUGCCGAUGGGCCAACUGGAACUUCGGGAGCCGCUGGUGCAUCAGGAAGACCUGGUAGGAAGGGUAUAGCCGGUGACACUGGAAGGCAAGGACGACAAGGUGAACAAGGAGGAAAGGGAGCGGCUGGUAAAACUGGAGAGGCUGGAGCGACGGGUGUGGACGGCUCAACGGGUAUAACUGGUGCUCAAGGACCAAAGGGCGCAAUAGGAGAAGCUGGUGCUAAUGGAGUCCAAGGUGAAGGCGGUAGUAAAGGUAGUACAGGAAGCGUCGGACAGAAGGGAGAACGCGGUGUGGAAGGUCAACGAGGACCUGCUGGUGCCGGUGGACCAAAGGGAAUGUUUGGUUCAAUUGGAAAAGUUGGACUUAAUGGUCUGCCAGGAGGAAGGGGUUCCGUUGGUGACCCUGGACCUUUUGGACCACCAGGAAGAGUGGGCCCAGAGGGUCCAACUGGCGGUUCUGGUAAUCCAGGACAAAAGGGUGACCGUGGAUACCAAGGAACCGAUGGAUACCCGGGAUCCCCAGGUCUCCCUGGCCCCCCAGGACCACCUGCAACGCUUUCAUCGGCUUGGACAUCUGAGGCCAUGCAGUCGUACGAACUUGGAGUCCAAAAGACGCCCGAAAACCGUCUCUACAAAAGUCGCAAACCGAAAACUGGAGAAUAUGAACCAGAAAGUCCAACAGAAGCAUUUGAUGAUAUUAUCACUCUGAGCUUCGAGAUUCAAAGUUUUAAGCGUCCCACAGGAACCAAGCUGUUUCCCGCUAAAACCUGUAAAGACCUACACAUGUGUCAUCCCAACCUACGCAGCGGCAACUAUUGGAUAGAUCCUAAUGAGGGCAUUCCAGAGGACGCUAUCUACGUCUUCUGUGACUUUGAAAACAACGCCACUUGUAUCUAUCCACAGAAUACGUCUAAGUCGUUCGAAAGUGCGCGAAAAAAUUGGUACUCAGGUCCUGAUCAAUAUAAAUGGUUCGGUAAAGAAUUACAAGGCUUGGGAUCGAUGAAAUACACUUUCGAUCCUAGUCAGAUGACCUUCCUACGUCUACUAAGCGACAGGGCUCGUCAAAACAUUACAUACCAUUGCCGCAACUCGGCUGCAUGGUUCAACAAGGAGAAUAGUGACUAUACUCAUUCCAUCAAAAUCAUGGGCGACAAUGGUAUCGAAUUGCACGCCAGCAGUUCCAAUAAAUUUAAGCCAACUAUCAUUCGAGAUGACUGCCAUAUCAAAGAUGGCAAGUGGCGAAAAACGGUCGUUUCAAUCGACACCACCAAACCGCAACGUCUACCUGUCCAUGAUGUAGCUGUGUAUGAUAUUGGAGGAAAAGAAGAGGAGUUUGGAUUAGAUAUUGGUCCCGUUUGUUUCUCCUAGUCACUUCGUGUUUCUCUAGCUCUACAACGACAACAAUUGAUAAAUUAAUUCUUUAGAAUUUCUUCCUUUCCUGAUAAUAGUUACUAAAAAUAUGGUUUCUUUUUGCGAAUGUAAGCUUUGACAUUCAACUGUUAUUGGGUUGGGAAUAAAAGCUGUUUAUACUGUACUUUUACAUUCAAAAGCCCUAAUUACAUCUAUAGACAGACUGACAGACAGACAUUCAUUGCAUUAGGGAAACAAAUUGUGUUCACCGAAAAGGAUGUGCUCGAUAAGAGACUUAUGUUAGUAAAUGCUUAUUUUCCAUUGUAUUUUUCUGUAUUUUGGUUAUUAUAAAUAUAAACUUUAUUCCAUUUUC